CAUGGGACACUCGUGUGCAUCUACUUAGAAGGUUUCACUGCACGCUCAAAAUCAAGGAAAAACGUCGGAGUUUAUUAGGAUUUACGCCUUCUCCGCAAAAUCUUCCUGGGAAAACAAAGAGAACGCCGAGGGCAAUCACGUCAACGAGUAAAUCACCAUGCUCGCCUUCCUGUAUAUCCUACUCUGCUGCUCCUCUUUGCUGUUCCUCAUUCCUCGAUUCUCUCUCCCUCUCUCUUCCCCUUUCUGUCUCUGCGACGAUGUGUUCUUCGGCUCCGUCCAUUUUGAGGGCACAAUCUGCCGCGCCCAAGAUCACCUGCUCCCCUUCGAGAUGCAGGAGGCUUUCUUUUCUCGAAUCGUCUCUCAAGAUCCACAAUGGUACUGAUCUCUCUGGCUUUACUAAUGCGGUUCGAGGGCGAAUGGCGGUCUCAUUUCGGAGAUCAAGGGUUCAGAUGAUGAGCACGUCGCCCGCAGCCACUCAGGCCGUUGUCGACGACGCGUUAUUCUCCGAUUACAAGCCAACUUGUGCUUUUCUCUUCCCUGGUCAGGGCGCACAGACUGUAGGAAUGGGCCAAGAGACUAAGAAUGUGCAAGCUGCUGCAGAUCUGUUCCAGAAAGCAAAUGAAAUACUUGGAUAUGAUCUUCUUGACGUGUGCAUCAAUGGGCCAAAAGAUAAAUUGGAUUCAACCGUGAUAAGCCAGCCAGCGAUCUAUGUCACAAGCUUGGCAGCAGUCGAGAUGCUUCGUGCUCGUGAUGGAGGUCAGCAAAUACUAGAUGCAGUUGAUGUCACCUGUGGCCUUAGCUUGGGAGAAUACACGGCUCUUGCAUUUUCAGGAGCUUUUAGUUUUGAAGAUGGCCUCAAGCUUGUGAAAUUGCGAGGAGAAGCCAUGCAGGAAGCUUCUGAUGCUGCUAGAAGUGCCAUGGUCAGUGUUAUAGGCCUAGACUCGGAGAAAGUUCAAUUGCUAUGUGAUGCAGCAAAUGAAGAGGUUGAUGCUGAAAACAAAGUGCAGAUUGCAAAUUUUCUUUGCCCUGGAAACUAUGCUGUCUCUGGUGGUCUGAAAGGGGUGGAAGCAGUAGAGGCCAAGGCCAAGUCAUUCAAGGCUCGAAUGACAGUACGGCUUGCAGUUGCUGGUGCUUUUCAUACUAGUUUCAUGGAACCAGCCGUUUCAAGGCUGGAAGCAGCUUUGGCGACAACUGAAUUUAGAAGACCAAGGAUACCAGUGAUAUCUAAUGUUGAUGCACAGCCACAUUCGGAUCCCACAACCAUUAAGAACAUUUUGGCUCGUCAGGUCACUUCACCAGUUCAAUGGGAAACAACAGUGAAAACGCUGAUCUCCAAGGGUCUGAAGAAAAGUUACGAGCUGGGUCCUGGCAAGGUGAUUGCGGGAAUUAUAAAGAGGAUUGACAAAGGAGCUGAUAUUGAAAACAUUGGCGCAUAAACAAUGGAAAGAGAAGGUGUUCGCGAGAUCUUCCACCUCUACAUGUACCGGGAUAUAUUUUUUUUUCAGUUGGUUUAGUUAUGAGGAAUGUUACACCUGUACCUAAUAUUAUUAAGGUGUAUCACCUUGCAUUUUUGGUGAUCUGUUCGUUAGUGCACUUCAAGGCUUUCGGCAUCAUGAAGCUUGGUGCUGACUGAUGUAGAGAUAUUUCUCUUGAUGUUGUAGCAAACUGAUCCCUAGAGGAAGCAAUGUUCACUUCUGAAUUCAA